AUGAAUCACACGCUCGUCAAGGUGCGUCCCACGUUCCAUGGCUAUAUCGAUUCUACGACUGACGUGCUGCUGGUGCUGCAGGCCGUGCUCGACGGCAAGCUAGCGCCCGUGGAGCGCAGGCCAUACGAGAUCGAGCGCUCGCAGCUCAUUGUGUCCGGAAACGUGUUUGUGUUUAUCGAGGAACUCUCACGCAUCCGCCGCUGGACCGACGGCGUGCGCUGGUCGCCCUCGCGCAUACUAGGCAAAUUCCUCGUUUACCGGGAGCUGGACAAGCACCGCCGCGGCGGCCCCGCGCCGCUGCGCCCCAACGGGCUCAUCAAGAAAGCCUUGUCUCUUCAUCUCUACGAUCCUGGCAGCCACCAGCGCCAGACCUUCCACCUGAUCUCCUACUACUCUAAGCGAGACCUGCACGCACACGCCCUUUCAACGCCAUCCCAUGACCCGUUCUUCGAGUAUGUAAGGCCCUGUUCGCAACUGGUCGACGCUCUCGAGAACACCACCAUUGGGGGGGCAAGCCGCGCUGCUACCGCUGCAACCACGGCCGCAACCGCAGGCUCCCAAGGCUCCAGCCCCGCGUCUUCUACGGGGACACCCAAGUCCGCAACUGCAUCCGUGUCCGUGCCCGCAUCCGCGUCCGUACCCGCAUCAGCGACUGACGCUUCUUGUUCAGCAGGCGCACGCGCACCGGCACCGCCGUUGGCCUCGCUGUCUGCGCCAGCGCUACACGCACAUUUGCCUUCUCCCCUUCCCGGAGGCUUGCAUCCUCCCCAAUCCUACUACUACCAGCAGCCGCAGUCUGCGUCAUCUUCGCAGGCAUCUCGUACUCAGUAUCCCUUCGCCCUGCCGAACCAGCGUCAAACGCUCCUGCCACCUCCGCGUCUGGGGCGACCUCGCAUUCAGCUUCCGCCUUUGGUGAAUUCUGCGAUCCCUCCACCCUUCCCUGUGCAUCCCUCAAACAUUCAACUGCAUGCCCUGCCUCCUUACCAACCAAUGCAUACGCAGCCUCGUGCGCCUCCGAACUUUUCAGACUAUCGUCCUCCUGCCUUUCAGCAGCAGCACAUGCACGUCCCACUUCCACCGCAUCAGACAAGCUGCCCCCCUUUUCUGGGCUCUGACCUUCCCCCGGUAGCACACAUUACCAGCCAGUUCCAAACAGACCGCACUACUACAUCACCAAACUUUCACUUCAUCUCCUAG